AUCUUCGUCCCGUGGACUCUUAUGUUCGCCUGCGACUUUCGAUCUCGCUCUAUUUCCCUCGUUGUCAAAAAGAAGCGCGAAUGCACAAACUCACCCAAGGCGAAUGCGCGCGAGUAUAGGUAGAAUUCCUGAGGACACUCGGCAUUGAUCCCUGGACGCGCAAGCGCCGACCGGUGUAUCUUCACCUACUUCCAUCGCUCCCGGUCGUCGGAGAAUCCGCGAAAGUCCGGAACGUAACGCGGUCGUCUAUUUUCGUUUAUCUGAAAAGGCGGCCGCCUCCCGCUGCUGGUCCCAGCCGAGGUAAGGAAACCGCACGCGAAGCGACCGGCCGCGGCACGCGUCUCGCGGCCAGGGCAGAUCGGGGCAUUCGGCGUGGAAGAGCAGCUCGCCGUUGAGUGCGAAGGACGAUUCCUCCUCGGAUAAGAGUGUUAUUUUUGGUAGCAAAACGCAAAACUGGUUCUACGGCUUUAAUAAAGACUAUCGCGAUGUCGAAGCCACGAGGUAGACGGAAGAACGUUCGAUGUCGGCUCUUCUAGAUGUAUGUGGAAAUGAUACCGGUUCGCCAUCGAUUUCGAAGGCUGAUGAUAAUCUGUCCAAUAGCGACGGGCCCCUGAUUAAGAGCAUCAUUCGCCAAAAUAGUUGCGGCAGCAUGCAUGCGAGGACAAUCGCUUCCUCGUACGGCAUGAGAUCGAUGGGCCAAAAAUCCACGAAGAGGCGUUACUGCCUCUGGACGUUGACUUUGGUCCUAGCGAUAAUCGGCCUCUGCAAUCUUUUCCUAAAUAUUACCGUCAUCGCUGUUUUACGUAUAAGUCAGGGAAUGGAAGCUAUGGAAGUAAUCCCAGACGAAAAUCUUGUCAAGUUCUAUGGAAGAACAGAUUUGGACAAGAUAUCCCUGCAGUCGGGCAUCUGCCAGAGUUACGGUGACGAGCCAAUGGAAAUAUCCGGCGACGAGGCUGGGGUGCACGUCGAUGUAAAGAGUCACGGACGCGCCCACGAAGCGCAUCCGCACUCGAAGCUGGGCGUUCUACCGAACGGUACCACUAUGUCGCAAGUGGAAUCGUUCGAGGUGAAGGAUCCGCGUACCGGCGCGACCUAUUUCACCACGGACUUCCCGAACUUCGGUCUGCCGAGCGGCGUCAAGACGAUCGACGUGAGGAUCGCGGAGACCCAUCGGAUUACGUCGCCGGUCAACGAAAGCUUGGCAAUCAAGUCCGACAAUGAGGUCUCGUUGCACGGCGCGGAAGGCGUGCGCAUGGAGAGCAAGGACAUCGCGUGGAGCGCCGAUCUCGAUAUCUUCUUGAAGAGCGUGAACGGCAGCAUCGUGCUCGAUGCCAAGGACGGCGUCUCCAUCGACGUGGAGGAUAUCCCGGUAGCGCCGAUGUUCCUGCAGAGCCCAACCACCAGUCACGAGCAGUACAAGGUCUGCGUGUGCAUGCCGCAGGGCAAGCUCUUCAAGGUGCCGGUUCGGCCGGGCACCAGUUCCCGUAUGGUUAAUUGCGCGCGGGUCGCCAGAACCCCAGAAAACGAUCCUUGCCUACACUAGGGGGGUUCCAAGUGAGGACUAAUGUUUUCUACCGUACAUUUCGUUACACGGAUAUCACUGCCAAAUUGCAAGUGCAUACGAUAUAUAAGCACGUUUCAUAUGUGUGCUUGACACCAUGGGAUACACCAUCAAUGAACGUGAAACGGAAUAUUCGAAAUAUAAAGAAACUGGUCUCCCAACAUAUUUACAUGUCGCAAUACAGUUAUUAACCAAAUGUUUAAGGAAAUCAGAAACAUUUUUCGAUAAAAAAAAUUUACAUAAGACUAAUCUUCAGAGAUCAAAUCUCUUCCUGGCAUUUAUACAAUCGUUGUUGAAAGUGUAGAUGCUUAAAGUGCUAUACGUGCGAAAGAAACGUAGAAGUAAAAUAAGUUAUUUAAUCGAAUACAGCGCACAUUAAUCUAUACUUUAUUUUAUGUCAAAUCUCACAUUUCGUGAAACGCGUUUUCAUCGUCGAAUUGCCCAUGAUACGAAUAUCAACUUAAAAGUAUAAUUUUGUCAAUGGAAUUCAAUUGUCAUUGAAAUGUAUGUGUGCAAAUAUGUUAUAAAUACAAUACGUUUUUUGAGAAA